GUGAUAUUUAAAUUUUCAAGUAUGAAGCCUAAUUUUGGUAAGCAGGUUCCAUUACAUCCGAAGGUGAUGAAUUCAGGACCGAAGGAUUACCAGCCGAUGCAUAGUCUCCCAUCUAAUUACAAUGCAUCUUUGGCAUCAGAUAAAUUUUUCUCCCAAAAAGAAAUAAAUUCAAAGCCUAGUAAGAGGAUUAAUGCAGCUCUGGCAAAGAAGAGUGGUCCUGAGGUGAAACAGAACAAAUUCGGAGCGGAUUUCGAUGAACUGGAGAGCAUGCGUUCCUCCUCCAGCUCCUUCUACGAUAAUAAUCAGCAGGUAGCUAUUUCUAACGAGCAGAAAGAAAGGAUUAGAUCUAGGCCCUUUUCGGGCAAAUUCAAACCUCCCAGGAUCCGAGAAGAGAAGUAUGAGCCUAUUGCCCAUGAAGAGGAGAUCGGCCUUGAAGAUUGAGACAGAGAAUCGACCACCAAAUCUAUUCAGGAUGCCUUACAAGAACGUGAAGAAAAAGUCAAUGAAUUUACAAAUUACUUAGAAAAUAUGAAACAGUUUGGGGCAUUUGGUCAAGAACUUGACCAAUUGGUUGACGAAAACCAGAGCAGAGAGGAGCUCCAGAGACAAGUAAUGGAUAAUAAUUAUAUGAAGGAUAGAAUUGAAGAGCACCGCAUGAGCUCUUCUAUCUGUUCUGAGUCUGAAGUUGAUGUUCACAGCCAAAUUUCAUAUGAAGAUUUAAAGGAUCAAGACAGGAAUAGUGCGGAAAAGCCAAAACAAAUUCUGUAUAAGCCUCCUGUACCUUCCAAGAAGGAUAAGACUCAAGAACCAAGCACUGAGGAGAAUGAUGGAGAAGGAAUUGAUGAUAUUCGAGCCAGAAUUGCCAAGCAGCUAGAAGGAUUUCACAAGCAAAAACAACUCGCCUUAGCAGACUGAGAGGAGUUUUUCGAUGACAUCGAAUCCAAAUGUGACGAUGAAGGAAAUAAGCUUGUCAACAUCCCAGAAGAGUUCGAUGAUAUUGUUGAUAUCGCAGUCGAAGAACAGCAAAUGGCCAAUGAAGAAGGAGUCGAACUCAAUGACAAAGAAAAACCUUUCUGGAUGAACUACUUCAAAGCCGAUUAUUUGGGAGAGUCAGAUCCGACUUAUCAGAGGCUACUGCAAAAAGAAGGGAUCCAAACAGCUGAAGAAAUUAAAGAAGAAAGCAAAACAUCUAAUGUUGAAAUUCAAGAGAAAUUAAUGAAGGAAUAUGCCAGGAUUAGAGAUUUUGAUAGAGAAAUUACACAGACAAAUAAAGUUUAUAAAGCAAUGAAAGCACAAGCUACUCUCAGGGAUGAAGAGACUCGGUAUAGGCUUGAUAAGGAGAAAGAAGAGAAAAAUAAACAGGUAAAGAUGAAGAGCAAGAAUUAUAUAAAAUCUAACACCCGGAAGAUGAGUUCGAGAGCAUCCGCUAGAUCAAAUGCUUCUAAAUCCUCUAAAAAUAGCAAGAAGUCAUUAAAAAGUUCAAAAGGGUUUUCAACAAAUCCUUUCACUGGGAUGCGGAGACCUGAUUCUUCAAAAAGGGGUAAUAAGCCACCAAAACCGAAGCAAGCUCCAACUGAAGAUGAUAGUAGCACUUUCCUUACUGGUGUUCAGAACCAGGACAAAUAUUCCAAAAUGGACAAAAGGAUCAAAGACGAGAUGGGAAUCGAUGUGAACCCAGAAUUUGACAGGAACAAGAACUAUGAACUAGAGAUGAUAACUGCUCAUGAAGAAGCUAUUUCACAAGCGCCAGAGAGGCGUAAGAAGUACAAAUCAGAGAUAUCUUCUCAAAUGUCCAGCAAUGGUGAAUCUAAGGUUGAUUUUAUCAAAGAAAAUGCCUCAAAGAUUGGAGGAAAUCAUGCUAAAAGUUACACUGAUAGGCUGAGCGAUCACGAGAAACUGAGACUUCAGCAACUUGAAGAUGAAAUUGAGCAAAGUUUCCUAGGUGACGAAGAAAAUGCUCAAAAAUUAUUGGCCAUUUCUGAUAAAUCUGAUAAGGAAAGACUAGAGUUGAUGUCUUCUUUAGUGCCUGCACCUGAAGCUGGCGAGACUGAUGCCACUCGUGGUAUGAAAAAUGCAUUUGUUUAUGAGGAUGGAAAAAGAGUUGAGGAGAUUAACGAUCAAUUAAGAACGAGGUUCUUAGCCUUGCCUCCAGCAGAAGAAAACCAAUCUGAUCAUGAUGAGGUUUCUAGUAUGGCUAAUAUGCAAUCCUCUGUGUUUGGAGGAGGUAAGAGCAGUGAUAAAAAUGCUGAUAUCUUUUCAGAGAGAUCUGUGCAACUUUCACAGUUCUCCAAGAGGAGUGGGAUUUCAGGGAUCAGCCAUUCGUUGGUGUCCAAACUGAACAAGCCUGUGAGUUUGCCAAAAGAUAAGUUCCUCAGAAAUGAAGCUGAGGAUAAAUUGUCUAAGCAAUCUUUGAAGGAAAUCGAGUCAAAUCUGGACAGAAUUCGUAAUAUUGAUACAGCAAGUAUUACCGAAGACCAGAUGAGCUUACUCAUCCAAGAGUGUCAAAAGGAGAACGAUCAAGUAGCCAUGAUGGAAACAAAUGAAGAAGAUGAAGAUGAUGAGGAUUACAACUCAACCCCUACAAAGGAUUACUCACAAGAAGUUGUACUCUACAGUAGUGAGAAUACCAAGCUCGAUGAAGCUCAAGAACUCUUAGAUGAUCUCACUAAGAGAUUUGAAGCAUAUAAAGAAGGAAAUUUUCCCGUUGAUGAUGAUGAACCAGAGGAAGAACAGAAAGAAGCUGAAGAGGAACACAAGAAAAUUACUGCUGAAGAAGGAAGUCUCAAGCAACGUCUCCAGGAGCAAGAGGAUAACUUAGCUAACAUUAUGAAAGAAAUUGAAGAGAAGGAAGCCCUUCUGAAGAAGGCGAUUGAAGAGAACAACAAAUUUCUAGCUGAAGAAGGAGAACUGGAGACUGUUAACAACAAUGGAGAGAUCUCUAGUAAAGCUGCAGCUCUCAAGUUCUCUUCUAUGCGAGGUAACGCAAUGAAAUUACCUGUGGGAGUCAAUACAGUUGUCCCUACAGAGAAGAUUAUUGAGGAAGUCCCUGAAGAAGACGACGAGGAAAUGCAGAGGUUAGACGAGAUGAUCCAGAAUGCUAAAGAUUUCAAUGAAGAUAUGCUAGCUAAUGAGUCUCAAUCCGAGAUGGUAGAAGAGGUUCUCAGGACAACUGAAAUCAUAGUAGGAGAUGAUGCCCUCCCUGCAUCUGAAGCCUUGUUGAAAGAAGAAGAGGAUAUGAUCUCUGAGGAAGAUGAAGUUUACUCUGAUGAAGAAGGAGAUGCUUCGUAA